AUGCAACUGAAUCAUCUGCACCCAUUGAACAUCGAUCUGGACCAGAGUUGCUCUCAGCUCCCACCACCCAGUGUUCAAGCAUGGAGUCAAUUGACUGCAUCAGUUCCCGUUAAAGAGAAGUUAUCAGCAAUUGACAAAAUUUCUGAAAUAUCUGUUGGCCAACACGUUGUGGAAGUUCCCCUGUCAGGCGCUUCUCAAUCGCAGCAGAAGAGUGAUAUUCCCAAUAGUUAUCUGCCCUUUAAUCAACAUCUUCUGGACAUCCUGAAAGGAGAAGGAUCAGCAGAACAUGUGGGAAAUUCUGGUGGUACUUACUUCAAUCUUCAAGAAAGACACAGUUGUGGAAAUUACCAUUUUACGACAAAUUGCUGCCAAGAUAUCCAUUUCCUAGUGCGAAUUUGCCCCCAUUCAAUGCCCGACUUGUUCCCAAGCCUGUCACUGGGAUCAAGAUUUUCAAAUCUGAAUGGUGAACUUCCUGCACUGCCAUCAUUACGAAAUCUAAAAUAUCCACUAGAUGCACCAAAAUUUAAUCAGCAAGAACAGGAUAAUCAUAACGUUAUGUUGAGAACUGGAUAUGGAUUGAGCAGCCUGAACAAAAAGAAAUCAAAGACAGGUAUUUGGUCUGAAGAUGAACUUGAUAACUUGUGGAUUAGCAUUCAGAGGCAUGGAAGGAGUAAAUGGGAGGCAAUGCUACGAAAUCCAAGGUUAAAGUUUUCGAAGGCAAAAACUGUUGAAACUUUGUCAACAAAAUGGGAAGAAGAACAACUCAAAAUCUUUGAUGGGCUUGCACUUCCUGCUCCUGGGAUCUCUGAUUAA